UAUUAGGAUGUAAAGGGCUAAAUGUUGUGUUCUGCAUAUUUUCACUGUAUAACAUAAAUAGCACCACAACUAUCCACACCAAAUACAUAAACACUCGUAAGUAUUCCAUACCCGAAGAGAUCUUUCACAAACAUUAGAUUUUUUUUAAGGCAAGAAUAGUAGAAUUUACCAGAUCUAAAUUUUCUGAAUAAUUACAAUAAAUAACAUUCAUGUCUAAAGAGUUCCCUCUAACAGGCGUAUUACUCGAACAACAUGAAAUAUGAAUUGGACGACAAUUUCCUGACAAACAUUUAUCGAAAUAGAACAGGCCCAUCAAUCUCUCAAAAGAAGAAAGUACACGAUUUUAAUAAACAUAGCUCCUUCCUUCCUUCCGUUAGCAAACUUCCUUUAAUUACACUACACGCAAAAGUAAUUUAAGGAGUACAAUGACAGCACGUAGUGACGAUAACAAAAAAGCCCCCUUGAUUCCGAUAAGCGAAAACGCCAUAGCUAUCAGCUCAUCCUUUGAAUCAUUACUGAACUUUACAUAAGUACUGAACAGGAACCACAAAUUCCAGGUUGUGAUUUUCAAAGGAUAAAAAUUGGCGACAUUGAGCCAAAAAAUCACAACAACUUUGAAAGAAAAUUGGAAAACAUUCUAAUCCAUAACGCGGCCUUUCAUUUAGAUUAAAUAUUAUAAAAAAGACUUUUAUUCUUUGUUGAGAGUACAAUAUGGUAAACUUAAUAAUCAAUAUAAUAUUCAAUUACAUAAGGGUGAAAUUUUUCACAAAAGAACUCAUUGCUUACCAUUCGUAUUUCAUUUGCUGUGAAAGAGCAGAUGCAUUCUUUCAAAUAACAAACGCGAGCUUUGAAAUAAAUAGUGUUACUACGAAGACAGAAAAGAGGUGAUUCCUUUCAUUUUCUUCCGAUUAAGCAGUUUCUGUUAUAGUUACAGGAAUCACUUCUAGGAUAUCACUUAUCUUGACCUCGUCGUUAGAGUAUGUCCAAUUACUCACUACAAUCACCGCAUUGUCACCUCUAUCGCAAAUUCCCACAGCCGUUUGCCACUUUCACACCGAUUUUUGUGGCUUUAAACAUCGCAUCAUCCAUAACAGCAACACUGGGAAAUGCGCUCAUCCUUAUUGCACUUCAAAAAGAAUCAUCCCCUAAUCCUCCAUCCAAAUUAUUUCUUCGUUGCAUGGUGUUCUCGGAUCUCGGUGUUGGUCUUCUCGUGCAACCAGCAACAGUUGCUUCCCUUCUGACUGCUCUCAAUCAAGGUUGGAAUCUGUGUGUAAUCAGCGACAGUAUCUGGAAUUUUGUCAGCAUAUUCUCAAGUACAUUUUCAUUUGCGACGAUGACCACAAUUAGCGUGGACAGACACCUCGCCUUGCUGUUAAGGAUCAGGUACCGCCAAGUUGUAACCAUCAAGCGAGCAAGAGUGGUCGCUACUCUGUUCUUGUUAUUGUCCAUUGCCGUCUGCAUGGCAGUGUUUUCAGGCGUCAACGCUUUCAUCAUCUUGAACACCAUAAUGUGGUCUUCAUGGCUAAUAAUCUCCACUUACUGUUAUACCCGAAUCUAUCUCAGCCUCAAAAAUCAUAUCCAAGCUCAGAUUACUCCACAGUGUCAACCCAAAGGAAUUUCAGCCUUGCAGUUGUUGCGAUACAGAAAAACAGUGUCCACUACUUUGUGGGUUUUCGCUACAAUGAUAAUUUGCUACCUUCCCUUCGGUUUGGUUUGGAUUGUUCACGCCGCCGGUUCAGAAAGCGUUUCAUUGAUGAUCAUGAGCUACUUUGCAACAACGUUGCUUUAUCUGAAUUCAACGCUUAACCCUUUGCUGUAUUGUUGGAAAAUGCGAGAAAUAAGGAUUGCAGUGAAAGAAAUUCUGAGAAAUCUUUUAUUGAAUCUCAGUUGCGUGUGAAUAGAGCCAACAAAAUAGUUAAUUGUCCCCAAAGUAUGAAAGAAAAAUGAUGCAAUGUCUCUUGUGAAGAUAAGUCACCGGGUUUAAACAAACUGGCGUCAUCGCUCUUCUUAUAACAUUUUACAUUAUACUGAAUUAGAUAAAAAUAAUUUAAGAAGAGAUCAAGUCUCGGGAACAUUGAGUCAUGAAGGCAAAGAAGGUUUUCUUUUUCACAGGGAAGGUGGACAAAUAUCAGGUAAUAAUGGGCUCUUUUUGCGGAAGAAAAAUACCAGGCAUUAUCAAUGGUUAUAUAUUUUUUAGAAGACGAAUUCGUAAAAGACGGACCGUUGGGUAGUUAACGAAGCAUACGCAUUCGGGCCAAUUCGCAGAACACGGAAAAACCGAGAGUCUACCACAACUAUGUGAUAAAAAUCAAAUCAUCACAAAAAAAUCAACGAGAAAAGUAAGUGAUGUAAAAGAAACAUUGCACUGGAUAAGCCACCUAUUUUAGGCCAAGUGAUUCAUUCCUUGUAGAGCUUUCUUAAACAAAACAAUUGGCGAAAAAAGAUUUAGCAAACGUCGGGGUUUAAAUAUGACUUCAAAUGCAGAAAAGAAGACGGGUCUAGCCACAGAAAGACAAAAUAGAGGGAAAUUAUUUUCUCUUGACCACAUUUUAUUUUGAGCGCAUACUGUGCAAGACGGUGUCCCAAAAAUUUAUGUUUCUGUAACACAAAACCUGCCUAAAGGAGUCUUCUGCAGGCUUUGUAACAACAUGAAAAGGAUCCCUUAGGCCUGACCACUGACUAUGCCUUGCGGAAUAAUUAUCGUAUAAAUAAAGGGGUGCAAUGAAAUAUUUUGCAAUUGAUGCUGUGUUAGAAAUGAGAAAGAGAACCUUAAUGAAAAGAAUAAAAAAGAUAUAUCCACCCUGGAAAAUAUAUUCUGGUAAACUUUCAAAUUUCCUUUUUUUCUUUCACUGCAAUAUUCAAAGGACGUUUAC